CAUCUCUCCAAUAAAACAUUCAAAUACGUUGUUCCAAUUCUUAAACUUAAUAUUAUACGAAGGAAAACUUGCACCGGUCAAGCUGGAAUUAGUUGCAUUGGCAUUUUGUAAUGAUAAAAAUGAAUUUUGAAAAGUUCGUAUUGUUCUUUACGAUUUCGACAUUGAAUGCAGUUGUUGGCUACAAGUAUUUCCAAGAUAAGGUACCAAAUGGAGACAACAUUCCCCACCCCUGUAAGCCUAAUUACAUAUGGCAGGGAUUAGGACACAAAAAUGCGAUGGGUGGUGGAGACCGAAACCCAUUUGGAUUGGCAUUUGAAGCAAACGGAAAGGUGUGGAAUGCAGCAUUGUGUAACGCCGAUUCAGACAAUGAUGGAAAAACAAAUGGUGCUGAGCUUGGAGAUCCCGAUUGUACGUGGACUGAAGGUUCCAUACCCAAAAUUACAACUGGGCUUUCACAUCCAGGAGUUUGUGAACCCUGGGAUUCUGCAGAGUGCUUGAAUCAAAAUCAAUGGGAAUUUUGUGAUAGCGAUGUCUUCUCCUGCCCAGCUAUGGAUGCUACAGAUGAUGUUCGAAAUGUCAGUGUUCGCUUCCCGUCAACACAAGUACCUGCCACAGAGACGAAUUAUUAUUGUAUGACGGUGGAGCUGCCGGUGGAUGGAGACUAUCAUCUCAUUGCGACAACUCCUACGAUCGAUAAUGCUUACGUCAUGCAUCAUAUGCUGUUGUUUGGAUGUAAAGAAGAUGAUCUAACGGGCGAUGAUUCUGAUGUUCGCACUAAAUUUGCCACUCCGAGAUUAUGUGGGAUGGACACGGGUUGUAAAAAUAUUAUCACUACCUGGACACUUGGGUCUGCGGGAGAGUGCUACUCCGAUCUUGCUGCUUUUAGAAUUGGAAAACACGGAUACAAAUAUGCAGUUCUACAGAUGCAUUGGAACAACCCAGAACUGCGCUCUGAUUACACAGAUAGCUCUGGCUUGACGUUGUUCUACACUCCAAACUUGAGGCCUAAUGACGCAGGGUAUUUUAUUGUCGGCCAGAGACACCUUGAGAUCGAGGGCGGACAAGAGAGUCAUAUGGAAACUGCUUUGAUUUCACCGAGCUGUACACGACAAAACUUGCCCUACUCUAUUAACAUACUAACUACUGCUCUACAUAUGCACUAUCUAGGAAAGUCAGGCCUUUCGGAGCAUCGCCGUGAUGGGAACAAAAUAUUGACGUUCGGAAGAGAUGACGUUUACAGUUACGACUCUCCAGUGACACACGUGCAUGAUCCCCCUCGGGAGUUUCUACCCGGUGAUGAGGUCUACGUCAGUUGUACAUUUGAUUCCCAGUCAAGAACUGAAACCACUUACUACGGCGAUGAUACAAAAGCCGAAAUGUGUUACGCAUUUUUCCAGUACUAUCCAGUGAUUAAGAACUUGACAGCAAUGCUAAGGUUUAAGGACAUUGAAAUUUGCUCCCCAAGAAGUGGGACUUUAAUGGUUCAGGGAUGUGACGUGCGUAGCGUAAUGUCUCAGACGGCAUUGGCGGAAUUUUCGGAGAAAGUCUUGGAUAAAUGUUCAGCGACCGGCGAUGUGUGCAAACCAGAAUGUAAAGAUAUGGUUAAGGAAACCAGGUUAAAUGACAACUGUAUGGGAAAUGAAGAGGUUUAUGAACUGGUCAAAGCUCUAACGGAGAAAGAAUCACAACUUCUGAACAUCUGGAGAGCUUUCGAGUCAUGCGAUAGCGAAAUUAAGAAGGACGAAAUGGCUGGGUCGGCCUCGAUUUUAUGUGCAUCAAUCACACAACUUAUAGUUGUACUUCUCACCUCAAUAAUCUAA